AUGGCGCCGUCAACCGAGAAGGAAACGGACCAGGCACCGGUCCCUGCUGCCAAAAGACGGCGAAUUGCUCUCGCAUGUACUGCUUGUCGUCUGCGCAAAUCCAGAUGCGAUGGUACACGCCCUUCGUGUGCAUCAUGCAUUGCCCUUGGGUUUGACUGUCAAUAUGAGCCCGGCGAGUCUGCGGCCAACGUAAUUGUUCGUAAGGAUUACAUGUCAGAUUUGGAUUCACGUGUCUCCAAUGUCGAGCAGGUGGUCCAACGACUCAAUUAUGUUCUUGAAGGCCAUCUCUCGGCCUGCGCUGGCAAUGCUGGGUAUCGGUCGUCCAGUCUACUCCCACCUAGACCGCUAUCAGCGGCUUCAGAUCAAACCAAUGAUAGCCUUCCGCGUGCAACCGGCCUUGAGGAGCCUCAAGACGAAGAUGCUACUACCAAUGGAAUGGCUAUGACCUUCAUUGAGGAGCACACUUCGGCAUUCUUUGGUGGCUCUUCUAACAUCUAUUUCACACGUCUUCUCCUCAGUGCGGUGAAUCACAUCCGCAACCGUGCGCGGCGAGAAGAGGUGUCUAUGGACCGACAGCAGGACCUCAACGAAUACAACAUGGCGAAAGCCUCCCGGUAUUAUGCGAACCCGCUUGCAGUAUCACCAGGUACGGACCGCAAAGAAAUGACCGCCCUUCCCUCAGCUGAAGAGAUGGACAGAAUGCUUGAUGUGUAUUUCGACACCGGUGGCACAGUUUUUCCUUUCAUUAAUAGAGAAUCGAUGAGGAAGACGUACAUGGGUUGCAAGGCAAAUGGUUGGACGAGAGUCCAAAGGACCUUUCUGGGCACUCUCAACGUCAUCUUUGCCACAGUUAUUAGCCUUGACCGGGACACCAUCCCAUCGGCUCSAGAACGCCAAGAGAGGGCGAACAUCUUCUUCAAAAGAGCCACAGGUCUCUGUGGUGAGCUGUCAAAGCAGGUAAUUAGCCUUGAGAUUGUCCAGUAUCUCGUUCUGGUCGUCCUUCAUUGUCAGGGUGCUCAACGCUCGGUGCAAGCAUGGAAUAUUCACGGGCUGGCCGUCCGAUCAGCCAUGGCUUUAGGACUUCAUAGCGCCCAAACCCGGGCAGGCUUUGACGCAUUGCAGGCCGAGUAUGGUCGACGAACAUGGGUUGUAAUAUAUUGUAUGGACAAGGUCUUAAGUGUUGCAUUUGGGCGUCCAGCCAUCGUUCCUGAUGAGUACAUGGUGGACAGCUGGCCACCACCCCAGCGUGCCUUAUCAUCUCCAGAUGGCUUAAGCACCAACCUUGAUAUUCAUGGCGAUUUCCUCGCUGUUUCCUUCCGACUAUAUCAAAUCAUGAGCGGUUCUCUCAAGCAGCAAUACGGCGGCAAUAUCGAUAAUGUUGAGCCCGAGCCUGAUGAUAUGGCGCCUCUGCAGGCUUCAGGUCAAUUCAGAAAGCAACUCCGCUCAUGGUCAGCGACCCUGCCACCGAACCUUCGACUAUGCGAGACCAAAUCAAAGAUGCUUCUAGAAAAUAGUCAAUUGAAUCGCCUUAGGGUCAUUCUUACACUAAGGUACCACAACAUCAAUAUCCUCAUCCACAGACCCCUUCUUUGCAAUACCAUUCGACACCUCUUUGGCGGGGACCAAAUGUCUGUCGGCAACCCAUCCUAUCUCAUUCAACUUGCGAUGGGAGAGGCUCACGAGUGCGUUCGAUCGGCGCAGAGCACUAUUGAACUCGUGCAUACCAUACUCAUGGCCGAUCGAUCGGGGAAUAACAACCUAGGCGUUGGCUACUACACGCUUUACUAUGUGUUCACAGCCUCAUUGGUCGUUCUUGGCCGCAUUCUCUGGACGCAGCAUGGACAAGGUGCAGCGGACGAAACUGCUUUGACAAUCUGCAAGUUGCUUAUAGGGCAAGUAGAGACCAUUUUCCAGAGGCUGGAUCAUGACAACGGUCUCGUCUUAAGCUGUUCAAAAUACAUCACCAACAUGUUGGAAGUGUGCACAGCCGAAGAUGCUACUGUCGCGGCCCAGAAUGAGGGGUCAGAUGGCCUGUCGUCAAUGGCUGGCCCAAAUUUUGACCAUCAGCCGGCGUCCGCUUCUGCUCCAAAUCCAUUGGAAACGAUGAUGCAUCUUGGAAUAGGAGAUAUGGAGAUGUUCCACCUUUAUUCAUCGGAGAUCUACGACCCGGGGCUCGUUGAGGGCUUGGAUAGGUAA